AUGCUGGCCGAAACGGACCUGGCGAAUGGAGUGAUCCGUUCGCCGUACAGUUUUGACAUUCCGCACGCCUUUAUCUUCAACGAAUCGGAGUUUCGGGAGCCUGUCUUCUGCGGUCCCUACAUGGAGAUAGUGAAGCACUUCGCCAGGGCGAACCACUACCAGCUGCUCCUCGAUCCGGUGGAGAGUCUGCCCAAGAAAGCGGUGCUGGAGCAGGACAUUGUCGCGGGUUUGUACAAUCUUUCGCUUCAUGGAGUCACAAUUCGACCGGAGAAGGUCAGCGAUUUCUCGAACGCCACGAGACAUAGUUACCCGCUGGAGAUGAUGACGAACUGCGUGAUGGUGCCGCUGGCUCCCGAGUUGCCCAAGUGGAUGUAUAUGGUGUGGCCACUGGGCAGAUACAUCUGGACGUGCCUCUUCCUGGGCACCUUCUACGUGGCUCUCCUACUGAAGUACGUGCACUGGCGGGAGCCCGGAAACGCCACCCAAUCCUUCACGAGGAACGUGCUCCACGCGAUGGCUCUGCUGAUGUUCAGCCCCAACAUGAACAUGACCGUGAAGCUGAAGCACGCCUCGCUGCGCGUCAUCACCUUCUACACGCUGCUCUUCAUCUUGGGCUUCAUCCUGACCAACUACCACCUCAGCCACAUGACGGCCUUCGACAUGAAGCCGGUGUUCCUGCGGCCCAUCGACACCUGGUCGGAUCUGAUCCACUCGAAGCUGCGCAUCGUCAUCCAUGACUCACUUCUCGAGGAGCUGCGCUGGCUGCCGGACUAUCAGAACCUUCUCGCGAGUCCUUCACGUUCCUACGCCUAUGUGGUCACCCAGGAUGCCUGGCUGUUCUAUAACCGCCAACAGCGGCAUCUCAUCCAGCCAUAUUUCCACCUGACCAAGGUGUGUUUCGGUGGGCUUUUCAAUGCCUUGCCAAUGGAUUACAACGCCAGCUUUGCGGAAACUCUGGAUCGUUUUAUCCUAAGUGCCUGGCAGGCGGGACUUUGGAACUACUGGGAGGAGAUCGCCUUUCGGUACGCAAAAAGUGCUGGCUACGCAAAGGUUUUUCUGGACACCUAUCCCGUGGAGCCUCUGAAUCUGGAGUUCUUUAACACAGCCUGGAUUGUCUUGUCCUUAGGCUUACCCAUUAGUUCGGUGGUAUAUUUCUUGGAGCUGUUUAUUCAUCGGAGGAGAGAAAUUCGACCUCAAUAUGACCAGUUUGAGUGCUAUGAUUAUUAA